CUCCUAUAAGGAGCUGUCCGCCACCCUAGUGCUGAAUCCAGCUCUAGAACCGGAACGAGGUGCUUUUGGCUAUUGCGGGAGCUGAGCGCCAAGAGCUACCCUUGAGUUCGGAUUUGAACCUUUAAGGAAGGCUAUCCGGAGGAAGAAGAGGCAGGCGAGGAAGGUGAGCACGGAAAGGGACAGUUUCGGGAACUGUAAACCUCGGUCGCAGCUCACAGCUCCGAGGAAGCCCUGCCACGGUUUUGCUGGAGCGUCUGAGGAGCAGGAUGGAGUAAAGAAGAGUGUCUGUUCAAGGGGGGUGGGAGGGGUCCGGUGCUGUGUAGGAGAGAAAACAGAGAGAACGAGAAAGAGAGAAAGGAAAAGAGAGAAAAGCCAAGCCUGCUGCCUGCGAAUUUGGGAUUAGAUUGGAAGAGAUCGUUCACUCGGGGGAAAUGGAUUCUGUACCAAGACUGACCAGCGUUUUGACUUUGGUACUCUCUGGCUUCUGGCAUUUAGGAUUAACAGCGACAAAUUACAACUGUGAUGAUCCAUUGGGCUCCUUCCUCUCACCAAUGGCUUUCUCCAGCUCCUCAGAUCUCACUGGAAGUUCCAGUCCAGCUCAAUUGAACUGGAGAAUGGGAACUGGUGGUUGGUCCCCAGCAGAUUCCAAUGCCCAACAGUGGCUCCAGAUGGACCUGGGCAACAGAGUGGAGAUUACAGCAGUGGCCACGCAGGGAAGAUACGGGAGCUCUGACUGGGUGACAAGCUAUCGCCUGAUGUUCAGCGACACAGGGCACAACUGGCAACAGUACAAGCAAGAAGACAACAUAUGGACAUUUGGAGGAAACAUGAAUGCUGACAGUGUCGUGCACCACAAGCUGCUACACUCUGUGAGAACCCGCUUUGUUCGCUUUGUGCCUUUGGAGUGGAACCCAAGUGGAAGGAUUGGCAUGAGAGUGGAGGUCUAUGGAUGCUCCUACAAAUCAGAUGUUGCUGAUUUUGAUGGCAGGAGCUCACUUUUGUACAGGUUCAAUCAGAAGAUGAUGAGCACCCUCAAAGAUGUGAUCUCCCUGAAGUUCAAAAGCAUGCAAGGAGAUGGGGUUCUGUUCCAUGGAGAAGGACAGCGUGGAGACUAUAUCACCCUGGAGCUCCAGAAGGGCAGGCUAGCCCUGUACCUGAACCUAGAUGACAGCAAAGCUAGACUCAGCAGCAUCACACCCUCUGUUGUGCUGGGAAGCCUUCUGGAUGACCAGCACUGGCACUCGGUUCUCCUGGAGCGCGUGGGCAAACAGGCAAACUUUACCGUGGACACAAACACACAGCACUUCCGGACCAAGGGUGAGACUGAUGUCUUGGACAUUGACUAUGAGCUCAGUUUUGGAGGAAUUCCAGUGCCAAGCAAACCUGGAACCUUUUUGAAGAAAAACUUUCACGGCUGUAUUGAAAACCUUUACUACAAUGGCGUGAACAUAAUUGACUUGGCUAAAAGACGCAAGCAUCAAAUCUACUCAGUGGGCAAUGUCACUUUUUCCUGCUCAGAACCACAACUAGUCCCCAUCACGUUUGUCAGCUCCAGAAGCAGUUACCUGCUGUUGCCCGGCACCCCCCAGAUUGACGGACUGUCAGUGAGUUUCCAGUUUCGAACAUGGAAUAGGGAUGGCCUGCUUCUAUCUACGGAGCUGUCUGAAGGCUCAGGGACCCUGAUGCUCAUGCUGGAGGGUGGGACUCUGAGGCUCCUGAUUAAGAAAGUGGCAGGACAUGGAACUGAAAUCCUUACAGGCAGUUACUUGAAUGAUGGCCUGUGGCAUUCUGUCAGCGUCAAUGCCAGGAGAAACCGGGUCACUCUCACACUGGAUAAUGACGCCGCUUCCCCGGCUCCGGACACCUCCCGGCUGCGAAUUUAUUCUGGAAAUAGUUACUACUUUGGAGGGUGCCCUGACAAUCUCUCCGAUUCCCAAUGCUUAAAUCCCAUUAAGGCUUUCCAAGGCUGCAUGAGGCUCAUCUUUAUUGAUAACCAGCCCAAGGACCUCAUUUCAGUUCAGCAAGGUUCCCUGGGGAAUUUUAGUGAUUUACACAUUGAUCUGUGUAGCAUCAAAGACAGGUGCUUGCCAAACUACUGUGAACAUGGAGGACACUGUGUCCAAUCCUGGACUACCUUUGACUGCAACUGCAGUGACACCGGUUACACGGGAGCCACCUGUCACGACUCCAUCUAUGAGCAAUCCUGUGAAGUAUACAGACACCAUGGGAACAAGGCUGGCUUAUUCUAUGUUGACUCUGAUGGCAGCGGGCCGCUGGGACCUCUCCAGGUGUACUGCAAUAUCACCGAGGACAAGAUCUGGAUGACAGUUCAGCACAACAGCACAGAGCUGACUCGGGUACAGGGUUCCAACCCUGAGAAACCCUAUUCCAUGACCUUAAACUAUGGUGCCAGUAUGGAGCAGCUGGAGGCUCUUAUUGACGGCUCAGAGCACUGUGAACAGGAGGUGGUAUAUCACUGCAGGAGAUCUCGCCUUCUUAACACACCAGAUGGAGCCCCAUUCACCUGGUGGAUUGGGAGGUCUAAUGAAAGACACCCUUACUGGGGAGGCUCUGUUCCUGGGGUCCAGCAGUGUGGAUGUGGCCUAGAGGAGAGCUGUUUGGACAUUCGACACUUCUGCAAUUGUGAUGCAGACACAGACGAAUGGACAAAGGAUACUGGCUUUCUUUCCUUCAAAGAUCACUUGCCUGUUACUCAGAUAAUUAUCACUGAUACCAACAGAUCAAACUCAGAAGCUGCUUGGAGAAUUGGCCCCUUGCGUUGCUAUGGUGACCGGCACUACUGGAAUGCUGUCUCAUUUUCUACCGAAGCUUCUUACCUCCACUUUCCUACCUUCCAUGCCGAAUUCAGCGCUGACAUUUCCUUCUUUUUUAAAACCACCGCUUUAUCUGGAGUUUUCCUAGAGAACCUUGGCAUUAAAGACUUCAUCCGACUUGAAAUGAGCUCUCCUUCUGAGGUCACAUUUGCCAUUGAUGUUGGGAAUGGCCCUGUUGAGCUCCUCGUCCAGUCCCCUUCUCCUCUGAAUGACAACCAAUGGCAUUAUAUCCGGGCUGAGAGAAACCUCAAGGAGACUUCCCUACAGCUGGACAAUCUUCCUCGAAGUACAAGGGAGACCUCAGAGGAAGGCCAUUUCCGACUUCAGCUGAAUAGCCAAUUGUUUGUAGGAGGCACAUCAUCAAGACAGAAGGGCUUUCUUGGAUGCAUCCGUUCUUUACACUUGAAUGGGCAGAAAGUGGACCUGGAAGAGAGGGCAAAGGUCACGUCUGGGGUCAGGCCUGGCUGCCCAGGUCACUGCAGCAGCUAUGGAAGCAACUGCCACAAUGGUGGCAAGUGUGUGGAAAAGCACAGUGGCUACUCUUGUGACUGUACCAGUUCACCAUAUGAAGGACCUUUCUGCCAGAAAGAGAUUUCAGCUCUUUUUGAUUCCGGCAGCUCAGUUAUAUACAUGUUUCAAGAACCAUACCCGGUGACCAAGAACACAAGCCUGUCAUCUUCAGCUAUCUACGCAGAUACAGCUCCAUCAAAGGAAACCAUCACACUGAGCUUUGUGACAGCACAGGCCCCCAGCCUCUUGCUCUUCCUCAAUUCCUCUUCUCAUGAUUUUCUGGCUCUCCUGCUCUGCAAAAAUGGAAGUUUACAAGUUCGCUAUCGGCUCACCAAGGAAGAAAGUCAUGUGUUCACCAUCAGCACAGAGAACUUGGCCAACAAAAGGGUGCAUCAGGUGAAGAUUAGCCGCGAGGGGCCUGAGCUUUCUGUUCAGGUGGACCAACAACUCUUCAGCUAUAGCUUCUCCCCAGAAGUUGAGUUCAGAACAGCAAGGUCGCUUGUUCUAGGCAAAGUCACAGAGACACUUGGCUUGGAUCCGGAAGUUGCUCGAGCAAACACGUUGGGUUUUGUUGGAUGCCUUUCUUCAGUCCAAUACAACCACAUAGCACCUUUGAAGGCAGCCCUUCGUCAUGCCAACAUUGCACCUGUGACUGUCCAAGGGACCUUGACAGAAUCCAACUGUGGCUUCAUGGUGGACUCUGAUAUGAAUGCAGUGACCACUGUGCAUUCUUCAUCAGAUCCCUUUGGAAAGACAGAUGAGCGUGAACCACUCACAAAUGCCGUCCGAAGUGACUCAGCAGUCAUUGGAGGUGUCAUAGCAGUGGUGACAUUUAUCACCUUUUGUGUCAUCGGCAUCAUGACCCGCUUUCUAUAUCAGCAUAAGCAGUCACACCGUACCAAUCAGAUGAAGGAGAAGGAAUACCCAGAGACUUUGGACAAUUCCUUUAGAAAUGACAUUGACUUGCAAAACACAGCCAGCGAGUGCAAACGGGAAUACUUCAUCUGAAAUGACACAGGGUUACCUGCUCCUCUUUUAUUUUGUAGGGUUUUCCCUCUCCUUUUCUCUUCUCUUUCCUAUCUUUUAAUUUAGGCAUUUCUUUUCUCUCUUUCAACAUUAAUAUUCUGGAACACACCUGCAUCCACCGAAAGCAUUGAUCUCCUUCAUCCAGCUCAGGAGGUCAGGUAGCUGUGGCUACUGUAGUUCACUGACAUGUGCAUCAUUGUGAAAGUAACCACUGGAGACACAGACUUCACUAUUGUAAACAGGAGACACGUGUGCACCUAUGUACAUUUGAUGUUUGUAGUUGAGUUUUUAAAAGUCAGUUUCUCAGGCACUUGGUCUUGAUAUCUUCCGUUAGACGAGCUCUGUGGCAUUGGUGUUUCACAAUUAUCCCUGGCACCCUGCCCCAUACCAUAGUGGUAGGUAUCAUGGCUUGAAAGAAGAGAAAUGUGUGUGUGUGUGUGUGUGUGUGUGUGUGUGUGUGUGUGUGACAUAGAAAGACAGAAUCAGAUCAUCGUUUAAGUAAAAUGUCUAUCAGGGAUGCUGGUAGAACAGUAGUGUACAAGGGAAAGUAACCAGCCCAGAGAAAGCAAUGUUUGUUCUUUUAGGUUCCUUGAGUGUGGUCAGAAGUUUGGGAGAUAUUAUGCCACACAGAAAUUCUUCUAAGGCAGACAUCAUCUGGCCAGGCUUAAAGACAUUUUAAUUCUUUUAUUUCAUUUACUUUAUUUUGUUUUGUUGCUGAAGCAGGUAUUUGUAAAGUAUCCAGGACAUUCUUUCCCAAGACACUGAUUAAAGAGCAAUGAGUGAAGUGGGUGUGAGAUCCUUGACAAGUCAACAAUCAUGUGUGCUGCCGGUAACCUUCUCCAGUUCAGACUUAAAUAACUGAAAAAAUCUGAUUCCAUGGGAGCAUGCUUCCCUUGAGAGCUGAGGGGAGAGAGGCUACAGGUCUGCCUGAGGUGGAAGACUUUCAUAGCACCCUUGAGAACAGACACUGUACUUGGAGGACCUAGGCUAUGAGAACACCCAUGGGGUGCCUGGGGCAGAAGGAGAUCCUUCUGGCCUGUUUGUUUUGAUGGCAUUUUACAAGCAACCAGACACAUCUGUGUUUGUUUAGUGUGGGCAUCAUGAGUAUCCCCCAGUACUGUUCAUCUUCCUUCCCCUAGAGUCCCAGUUCUUUCCAAUAGAGAAUGGCAGAGUAGUGAGAACUACUUGGGCCUCUCUUGCUGCUCUGUUUUGAGGCAUGGAUGCAGUAGCCUGAAAGAAGGGGGUUUCAUGAAAGUUGUGAGGAAAUAGCUGCUCCUGAAAUGUAACAACUGCCUUCUCCACUUUACUAGAACUUGUUAGAUAGGUUAUUCCUAAAAUUGCUAUAUUGAAGAAAAAUUAUACACGUGUGUAUUGUGGAAACCUAAAUGGAAUUCAAAUAAAAAUCUAAAAUGGUUCCAUAAAAAAAAAAUGUUAAGGUCCUCUUAACUCAGGUUGGAGGAAAACUUUUUAAAAUACAGAAAAGAGGUGCAGGAAAAAAUGAGAAAUAUUGAGCAGACUUCUCCACAACCACCCACCCAGAAAGAUCCAGUAAAGGAAGCAGGUGCAGAGAAGCAGGGUACACCAUCUAGAACACAUGUUAUAAGUUCACUGACAUCUGAGCUGUUUCCUAGGAGGCAAGGGCCUGGCUAUCGUGUGGGACAGUGUGGAACCCUCUAGAUCAGGGGUUUGGGGAAAUCCCUUCGCCUAUGAAGCACAUCUCAUUUUCAAAUCUGUACUCAUGUACACAAAGGUGCCCAUGCACUUGCCUUGCUUGCCUAAAUAAGGUAAUCUCAUGCACCUCAGGCUUCAGGUUCUUUUGGUAGCAGAACACAUAGUCGAUUCAAAAGGCAUCUUGAUUUUGUUCAUGGUGAGUCAUCCUGAUCGUUUUUUAACUCUGCCCUUGUACCACCUUGGAAUAAAAACAAUCACCCAAACACUUUAGGACUUAGGAACUGCUAGAAGCAAGAUCCUUGAUGGAUACGGUACUGACCAAUUCUCUUUGAAGGGCAGACCUGAUUUGUAAAGCAGGUGCCUUGACAGUCAGUAGGUCAUCCAUCUUCUUAGUGUGUGUCCUAUCUCUGACUCUUCAGCAGUGCCCUGAACAGAAGGCUCGCAGUUAAGCCAUCACUGGCUUCAUCUAGGUAUCAAUCUGUAGCUAUUCUCACUGCAGAACUACAGAGGUAAGGAUUGGGUGUGGCAUCACAGUCCACAGCUCUGAGAUAUUGUCCUAAAUAUAUGUUCUUUCCUUAAAAUUUUCUAUGAUUCUUAUACACCCUCUUCCUCUAUUAGGAUAUCUUUAUCAUUUUGCUACUGAAUUUAUUUUAAAGCAGUUUUAACAAAGAUGCCCUUUUUAAUUUUCUAUCUUUAAUAUGACAAAUGAUCAUCUAAUAAAAUGAAAGAUAUUGAAAGUCUCUUUCCCUAUGCCCUUCAUUCCCUGUUUUCCAAUUUGUUCUUUUGAAUUUGAAUUUUCUGUCUCUAUAAAAGGUUGUAUAAGUCACCUUUUUGCUUCUUUGCCACAAGAAAUAAAAGUCAUGCUGAAGUUUAGCGCUAAGCACCUCUGGUAGUAAAACAACAGGUAAGAGAGAGUACCCAUACUCAAACACUUUCUUUUUGGAGUCCUCAGAACCAAGCACCACGUUUUACUGGCACGAUGUGAUUGGAUAGAUGUGGAAGUGCAAGCCAAAUCAAUGUGUAUGGUUCCCUCACCACAAGUAUGUCCUUAGAGAUAAUCCUGUACGGAAAUUGUGAAGCUAGUCUCUGCCCUCUGCAUAGCACACACUCUACUGACUUCACUCCUGUAUGUGCAGGCUGUGCAUGCCAGGACCCUGGGCAUGGAGACCAAAUGGUAGAUGCACACCAAGAUGGUAUAUUUAAGUAUUCUCAGGGCUAAAUCAGAGUUUAUCCCCACAACACACAUCGGGUGAAAAAUCUAGCAAUUUGUUUUCUCCCCCUGAAUGCACAUCACAGCCAGAAGCAAGAGCUCAAUUCAGAGGUGGUGGCAAGGCCUGUUUGGUUUGUACAAUUAUUCAGCUGUGUUUAUCACCUUCAAACAAUUACAGCCUAAAACAAGAGUCAGUGUGUUUUAAUCCUCCUUUAGCCACCACUUCUCCCUAUGGUAUAUAGUUUUCAUGAUGCCCCUAUUACAUAAUGCUCAGUCAUUGAUGCCUGCUGUUUAAAAAAGAACUUGUGGAAUAUGAUUCCUUUACAGUAAGACCAAAAAACAUCUAUGUAAUAUUCCAUCCCAAGGGAUAGUACUGAUAUUAUCCCAUGAACAAAUCUAUCAAUGAAAGCAGCUGUAUGUUUAUUUCUCCUAAAGAAAUUUUAGCAAUAGCCAUGGUUUCUCCAAGAAUUAGGUUAGGACAACUGAUAUUUGUCAUUUUCUGGAUUUCUAUUCAGAAAUAGAUCAGCUGUGUUCAUCUGAAGAAUCCUGGAGCUGAUAUAUCAUUUUAUUCACUUUAGUAAUAAGAUGUGGCUUUAUCUUAAUUAUCAGCCUUUGACAGAAUCGUGACUACCACAUCAAAGCAGAAGUAACACCACAGCUAAAUGAGUAUGCAGUUCUUUUUCCUGUACUCAGACAUAAGACAUAUGUGAAGUGCCCAUGACUCCAGUGUUCUGUUAGAUAUGCAAAUAAAACAGCAUAUCUUACAACAACGGAAAUGUCCACACAACACCAGGUAGCAGAGAACUAGUACUAGGCACAGUUCAUGUGCAAACCCCAUUCCAGAGGGUUCUAAAAGCAAACAUAUUUUUGGACAAAUCUUUUAAUUUUGUGUCAUAUUUAUUAAUUAUUCCAGAAAUGACUGCUUUGUUUAUCUUCCUUAAGGUACUGGGUCACAGAGAUAAAUUUCUAUAGAAGUUGGUAAAUGGAAUUUUUGGACAGAGAAAGAAAAUAAUGGCCCCUGUAUAUUUUCCUUAAACAGCUUUUAUUUGGUAGCCCUGGCAUGUCUAGGACUCUCUAUUGUAAACCAGGAUGGCCUCAAACUCACAGAGAACCACUUAACUCCGCCAAGGUGUGGAUUUCCAUUUCUGACUAUAUCAGAUAUAUUCGAAAGGUGUUAAAUUCUCUAUGCUCACAUGUUAGUUCCAGUUAAAGCUUUCCAAAUGUAGGCUGUAUGCAUAGGGCAGACCCGUGGAAAGACUGGAGACAUAAAAUAGAAGUCUUUAAUUCCACCCCCCUUCUGAUUUCAUUUCUUUGGUGGACAUUCAUUGAUGAUCAUGGCUCUUCUAGAUCCCCCUUAACUGGUUGAUAUUCUGGCAUUUUUAAUUCUCCCUAUUCAGCCUAAAGAAGCAUUUGACUAUAUUUAGGUAAACCUCUGAGAACUAGAAGUCACCUAUUGAGCGAAUAAUUUAUUGAUGUAUUAUCCCCCUAAUCAAGAUCAUACUUCUGUAUCUAUAUGUUUCCAACCUUGAAGGUCAUGCAUGUAAUCUCUCCAUAUAAUGUCGCCUCAAUUAGAAGACACACAUUAACAUUAGCGAGUUGCAUUUAUAGUAUCCCCAUAGAAUCCAUGGACUAGGGCACCAAGCCUGUGGAACAUUGCUUGUUUUAUCUAUUUCAGUUCUCUUGAAUUCCCUAGAGCUAUAAUCUAGCAACCUUUUAGCAACAGCAGUCUGGCAAGAGUCUCCUGAGGAACCUAUAGAAUCCUGCCACUCAUUACUCUCUGAAGCCAUUGUUUGCCUUUGCUUUGUCCUCAGCUGACCCACAGGUCAAGUUUCAACUAAAUAAAUAAACAAGCAAUGUUGUACGUGUAAGUGGCAAAGGAGGUUAAUGGAAGGGUGGUACGGACAAGCGCAAACAUGCUUGGGUUCUGGAAGGAUGCCUGCGUACUGUUUUAUGUCUCUCAUGCAUAUUGGAACUGUUUAUUUGAAAGACUCACACUUUCAAACACUGAAACACUUCUGUACCAGGUUUGGGGGCUUUCUUAACUUCUCUUUAGGCCUUGCUCACAGUCAUCCUCAAAUCAUUUGUUUUGAAAAUGUUAGUUGUUCUUCAUUCUCAGCUCUUGUUCACUAAUUCUAAAUAGUUGAUUAACCUAAAAAGAGAGGAGCUGCAACACACACGUACACAGGCACAUGUGUGUACCCCCCCCCACACACACACAAAAGUGAAAAGGAAUAGGGCUGUUCCUCAAACGUUAUCCAGGAAAUUAUAUCCAUACCUACUUUGUAACCAGAGAUUUAUCACCAUUUUAUCUUGGAAACUGUUUAAAUGCCUCAUAGAAGUUUCUAGUGAUUGUUUUGUUAUUUUUGAAUGAUUUCCAUGGUAUUAUUAUGUAUUAAGGUGUUCUGAGGAAGAAUAAGAAGCACAUGAUGUAGUGAGACAGUGUACUUUGUAAGCUAGUCCUCUGUGGUGUGUAAUGUUUAUUGUCCAUAAAGUGGUUAAGGGGACACAAGAGGAUCAAGGAACAGUGGGUUUUUGUGUUAAAGCAGACUUGAUGGGAGCUUGUCAAGGAGGAAGAGGGAAUUCAUGGAGCAAGCAGUGGCUGCUGGAGGUUAAAAGGGUCAAAGCUUCCACCAUGAAGUAAGGGUAGUUUCUCUCCACACUCUCUUGGCUCAGGAGUCUAACUCAGGAGUCUCAACACUUAGAGAAGAGGCAGUAUUACAGAUGUUGCACGAAAAAUGGUUUACUCAUCGUUACAUGGCAUUUUCACCCUAUCCCAGUGAAUUUUAAGUUGUAUGUUUCACUAUUAUAGUCCUGGAAUGCUUUUGAAUUAUCACCACAGUGAUUUCAUCUGGCCAGUGUGAGCACCCAGGUGGCCACUUUAAGCAAAAUAAAGUAUUGUCAUGAUCCUCAGGUCCACUGCCCAUAAUCAGAUACUCCAUGGAUAGAAAUCCUGAAACAUUGGAGUCAGUCUAGUGAUCUUUCUUUCCCUUUCCUUGGUCGUGCCAUCUAUAGGCACGGCAUCAUGAUAGAAAGGUACAGAGCUUAUUAUCACCUACAGUGUGUACUUCGGAAAGCCACUACCGGACACACUGUGAACCCUGCUCCCUUUCUGCCAUUCAGCACACAAGUGAAGCUUGCAUUGAGUAGCAGGUUAAAAUUAGAAGGCUAAUACCAAGUUAUGAAAAAGGUGAUAUGAGCCAGUGAUUAAAGCCUGCUCAUAUUUUCAUUAGCAUUAUACUAUGCCAUGCUUCAGAUCCCAGCACUAAAUCUCAGAGGAAAUGAAAAAGGCACUGGGUGUGCGGAACAGGCCUUCUGUCACCCUGAAGCCUCCUUGAAUGGCCUCCCCAGGGGGAGCCAUUUUCAUUGCAACCUUACAGGAUAAUAUGAAUGGACCUCUGACUAGUUCUACUUUCACAUUAUAGUCAGCCAUAUCGCAAAGGACAUACAUGAAGUAGGUUAAUCUUUUCUCUUUGAAUGGCAGUAGCAAACAGUGUAGCCUUGCCCUGCCUUAAAUACUCUUUCAAAAAAACAGUAAGUAACUAUACCUUGCUUAAAGUAUUGUAUUUAUAUCAUGAGAAGAACUUCAUAUUUGGUGAGGAUAAAAAUCAAUAACUUUCUCUUGAACUUGUCAACAGACAGGCUUCCCAAUAGCCUACGUUGUCUUAGAUAGACACUUCCCACAGCCCACUAGCCUAUGGCAGGAAGAUAGAACAUAGGGAAAUGAAGACACAUGACACAUUCUAAUUAUAUUUUAUAAAAUAGGCAAGCGUUCACGAAAUUCCUAAAUCCCUAAGAAAAUUACCAUGUUCAUUUCAAUUGAGAAAUUAAAGUUUUUCUGGCACCUGCUUUGAAAAAAACGAGAGGCUAGGGAGAUUGCUUUUAGCAAAUAAUAAACAAAGUAUAAAAGAACCUCUCCCAAUCAUAUACACUUAUGUAUAUAUGAAUUAUAUGCAUAAGUGUAUAUGAUUGGGAGAGGUUCUUUUAUACUUUGUUAAUAUACAUGAAUGAUAUAUACAGGCUUUCUUUGACAAAAGCACAACAGAGGCAAAGCAAACCAUAUCCUUGGGAAUUAGCUGGAGACUCCUUGUUUCUUUGGAUAUCAUAGAUUUUGGUCCUGUAGAAGAAUCACCAGCCCCAUGUGAUGUUUCCUCAUCCCAAGUCUUUUUUGUAUGCCAUGUAACAUGUCUUAAUACACUGUAUGGGGAAAUUUAAAGUUAGCCUUAGAUUUCUUUGUUUUCUAUGUUUUUUGCUGUACAGAAGACUUACCUGUAAAUAUUGUAUAUUUAAUAAAGAAAAAAUUUUGUAUCAUUUUGUGUGGA